AUGAAAACUGCGCGAAAUCCAGAUUGCAGCAUCACGGUAUCGACCCAGCAGGCUGGAGAGACCGGCCUUCUGCUCAUCGAGCACCUGAACUUAAACGUGCUGAGUACCCAAGUCGCCUUGGACUUCUACGAGGCGCUUGGAUGCUGCCGGGAUGCCCGUCGGCCUUUGUCGAAAACUCUGCAUAGUAACUGCGGGUCCUUGACACAGUUUCACACACCGUCCCCGGACAACGAAGCCUACAUUGCAGGCGAGGGGGCUCAGACCUGGCGUGGCCACGUGGAGCUGUUAUAUGACAGUCGCGCCUCACUUGAUGCGGCUGCCAUGCGGUUGGCGCAGCUCCGUGAGAAGGCCGAGUUUCGGGGCACCAGCCUGGCGGUCGAAAGCUGGAGCGAAGAGUUGCAGGAGCUGCGUGUUUCCGACGCCUACGGAAACAUCUUUGCCUUGCGUGUAGCAUCCACGGAAGCCGCUGGGGCGAUGAGCGUUGGCGUGCGGCCAGGCACAGAUACCUGCCAGGUGCUUGGCAUUGGCUCUGUGACCUUGAAGGUCCCCCCUGGCACAGCUGAACGAGGAGCUAAAUUCUAUGCCAAGCUCCUGGGCUUCACCGCCACCGCGGAGUCAACGGGAACCUGGGCGCUGCUGGGCGGCCCUCAGUCCAUGCAGCGGCUGCGUCUUGAGGAGCACGAUGGCUGCAGCGGGCAGCAGAUAGGAGAGCACCUGGCAAUCUAUGUGCGUGACUUCGACAGCUGCUUUGAGCGCUUACUUGAGCAAGGCCUCAUUUGGGUCAACCCCCGCUUCGUGCAUCUUGACAAGUCGACCAAUCUCGAGGAGGCCAGGCACUACAACUGCUUCCGCUUCAAAGAUAUCAUCGAUUUGGAAAGUGGCGAGAAGCUCUUCGAGCUUGAGCACGAGGUGCGCUCAACCGGCCACAAGAGUUGCCCAUUGAGAACCUAG